AUCAAAACAACACAACAACUGACUAAAUGCUCAUCUAAACAAAAUAGGACGUUUUCAGUUACUGAACUUUCUUUGACUAUCAUCACAGCUUGAAAAUGGACAACAAGCCUGGAUUCAUCCAAAGGUGGAAUAUCCUAACUAUUUCAAGCCUGAUCGCCGUUUUCCUCGGUGUUGGCCUGGGCAUGAUUCUGAAGACCUACGUGGAGCUGUCAGCCCCUGACAAAAUCUACAUUGGCUUUCCCGGAGAGUUGCUCAUACGCCUGCUUCAGCUGGUUACCGUUCCUCUUAUUGUGUCAAGUGUGAUAACAGGAAUUUGUAGUCUGACUGGCACCUCCAGAAAAAUCACCAUACGUGCACUAGUAUACUUUGUCAUGACCACUCUUCUGUCUGUGACUAUCGGAUUAAUAUUGGUAAUAAUGAUGAAGCCUGGGGUCAGCAAAAAUGCUGGAAAAGAGAAAGAUGAUGAUGAUGAUGAAAUCUUCUCCACCACUGAUGCCAUAUUGGAUCUAGUAAGAAACAUGGUGCCACAAAAUCUUCUUCUGGCUAGCUUUCAACAGUACAAGACUGUGAAGGUGGAGUUUGAAGUUGAAGAAGCUGAUGACGGUUCCACCCUGGAGUCGAACGCCACAGAAGUGCGUCUGGUGAGCAAGCAUAUUGAUGGAAGCAAUACUGUGGGCCUGAUUGUGUGCUCUAUUGUUUUUGGACUGGCCCUCAAAAGGAUUGGAGAAGAAGGGAAACUCCUUGUGGAUAUCAUUAACACCUUCAAAGAAGCCACCAAGCGUGUGGUUAGAAUGAUAAUAGGCUUCAUGCCAAUCGGAGUGAUGUUCAUGACUGCAAGCUAUGUCGUUGAAGUGUCGGACAACUGGGAGACUGUCUUCAAACUCGGGAUGUUUGUGGCAGUGGUCAUUAGUGGGCUCACUAUCCAUGCAGUAGUAGUUCUACCACUGGUCUACCUUCUGUUCGUGAGACGUAGUCCCUUCGUUUUCAUUCAAGGGAUUUUUCCUGCCUUACUGAGGACCAUGCUCAUCUCGCGCAGCAAUGCAGUCUCACUGACUUUCCGAUGUUUGGAGCACGAACUCAUGAUUGACAAAAGAAUCACUCGCUUCAUGCUGCCUAUUGGGAUCAAUAUUAACAUGGAUGGAACAGCCCUUUAUGAAGUGGUCGCAGCAGUUUUCAUCGCCCAGCUGAACCACAUUGAAUUGAACUGGAGCCAGUUGUUUACUCUGGGUGUGACAGUAGUAGCGUCCAGCGUGGGAGAAGCAGGGAUCCCAGCGACAGGAACAGUCACCACUCUCUUCAUUUUGACAGUCAAUGGGAUUCCUGUAAGGGACGCUUCCCUUUUGAUGGUUAUAGAAUGGCUGCUAGAUCGCUGCAAUGCUGCUGUCAAUGUCAUGGGAGACUGUAUUGGCGUGGCACUUGUUGAUCAUCUGUCAAAAAAGGAACUGGAAGAAAUGGAUGACCUAGAAGAGGACAGGAGAAGCUGGACACCAUAGUUUCUCUGAUAGUGAGGACCUCCAGGUCCAGAUCCAUCCCAGCAGUAGCUUGGUCCCUGGACACUGCGAAAAGCCAACGGCUCCAAGACAGCAGCAGUAGACGGGGCAUGUGUAACCUGUAACCUCAACUCAUCCAACACAGGGUCCGAGUAUCAACAGCAUGAACAAAGCUGACUUUGGAAACAAUCCUCAAGUGCCAAAUAUGUACUCAGUCCUUUUUAUUUGGCAUUUCAUGUAUUUGUUAUCACAUUAUUUUGUAUUAUAUUUUGUGCAUUAGUAGCAUGAAAAGAAUGUUCAAGUGCCAAAAAAUAGUUUUGAUUACAUUUUGAUGUUGUCAGUGUACUUUUAAAUAAGCUUAUUGGUAAUUAUUUGUGAACUUGGAAUUAUUUGGAAUCAAAUCUAUCUCCUUUUGUGUUUGUGUAUUUUUAAUUUGUGCAACAUUAGCAUAAACAUUAGAAUUAACCUUAAAAGAAUUUUCAACUACCAAAAAUAACUAUUAUUACUGUCUGUUUGAUUUAUCACUAUUUCAUUUGUUUGCUGUCACAUAUUUGCACCUAAGAAAAUGCUCCUUUGAAUAAGCCUAAUGGUAGUGCUUUGUUAAUUUGGUUCAUUUUGUGUUUUGUAGACAUAAUUGUAAUGGCAUGGGUGUAUAAUAGUUUUUGAAUGGACUCCUUGUUUCUUAAUAAAUGCCAGGA